GGGAACACACACAUCAUUUGGAGACGAGACUCAUGGCGAACACAGGAGCCACACCAGUGCUGAUCCUAGCUCUCAUACUGGUGAUACUUUACACUUUAGCACCCUGUUCUGGGGCAAACGUUAAAAUCGGUGUCCCUGAAAACUACGAUGGUAUUUUCCCAUGGUAUCUAGCCAAGCUCCACAGCCUGCCCAGUAAUUACAGCGACCUGGUGGUAACCGGGGACGAUGAGGGGAUAUUCGGUGUUGACGCUCAGUUUCUUUAUGCUCUGAAACCACUGGACAGGGAGAAACAGCCGUCUUACUCUCUGCAGUUGUCCUUCAGGGCCUCAGUGCACAGACAGAGCUUCACUGUCGAAGUGUGUGUCAUCGACAAGAACGACAACGUGCCCACUUUCCUCGAGGAGAGCAUGAGAGGCAGCGUCCAGCUCGGCCUACUCAAAGGGAUCCCAUUCAUGCAGGUGGAGGCGCUGGAUCGAGACGACCUCGACACUGCUCAUGCCGACCUGCGGUUCAGCCUCAUGGAGCAGACGCCCAGGAUUCCCUCCAGCCAAAUGUUCUCCAUCGGCUCCAUCACUGGAGAGGUCUCCCUCACUGACGAAGGAGCCUCCACUCUGGACCCAGAGAUGUGCGGCCGUUACAAGCUCUCAGUGAUGGUGAAGGACAUGGCCGGGAAGGCCAACGCUUUCUUCACCACCGGCAUCGUUACCGUGGAGGUGACAGGAAACACCUGGGCAUCACCUGACCCUGUGCGACUCCAGGAGAACCUGCCGGGCCCCUACCCCAUCCCCAUCUCUCAGGUCAAAUGGAGUGGAAGUCAGGCAGUGUACAGUCUGGACGGGGAGUUUCCAGAGAUGCUCUUCACCAUCAGCAGAGAAGGAGUCAUUUAUCUCAAUGCUCCUCUGGACAGAGAGACUCAAGACCAGUUCCAGAUCAGCAUCGUGGUUGAGCGUCCGGACGGCAGAGAGAUUGCCAAACCUGUGGAGCUGAGGGUGAUGGUGGGCGACGCCAACGACAACAGACCCACCUUCCCACAAGCUCAGUACCACACAGUGGUCAAGGAACUGGCUGCUCGAGGGACAGAAAUCCUCACAGUGCAGGCAGCCGACAACGACGAUCCCAAGACGGACAACGUGCGGAUCUUUUACCGUUUAGUCGGGCAAAUUCCAGAGAGUCCUCGUGCCCUCUUCAGAGUGGACCGAGACUCUGGGGUCAUCUCCGUCCAAGCAGACAGUAUGGAGGGCACAGCACCACAGUACACCCUCACCAUCACUGCUGAGGACGCCAAAGGUUUAAACAGUUCCUGCACUGUUGUUGUGACAGUGCAAGACGAGAACAACAACCCGCCCGUCUUCUCUCAACAUGAGUAUGGGCCUUUUCACAUCCUGGAGGACGCCCCCGUGGGCACCACAGUAACAGCUGUGCUGGCAGGGGACGCAGAUGUGCGAGGAGGAGACAGCUGGCAGGUGGACUACCGCUUGGAGUCUGGAAAUGAGGAGGAGGUCUUUACAUUAAUGACGGACAAGCAGACCAAUGAGGUCUCGCUUGUGCUCUCAAAGGUGUUGGACUUUGAGCGUGAGAGCGAGUACAUCCUGGUGCUCAGUGCUCGGAACCCAGUGGCUCUGGUCCGUGGACGAUACGGACCUGCAUCCACAGCAACAGUCGCCAUUUAUGUUGACGACGUAAACGAGGGUCCAAUCCUGUCUCAGAGCCAUUACGAGGUGACCGUCAGAGAGGGCGAGGAACCGGGACGGGUCAUCGCCACCAUCCGAGGUUAUGACCCCGAUUCUCACCCCAUCAGAUAUUCUCUUCAAGGGGACACAAAGAAAUACUUUUCAAUAGGGAAGUACUCUGGAGAACUGAAGACUGUGCAGGCCUUGGACAGAGAGGAGAACAGCACGUACACCAUGGAGGUCAUUGCAGUGGAUGGACGAAACUCUUCCUUAUCCGCGUCCACCCUGGUGACAGUGCAGAUCCUGGAUGUGAAUGACAACAGCCCGGUGCUGGUUGGAGACUACUCCUGGAAGUACCUGUGUACUCCUCGCUGGGAGGACCAGGCUCUGGUGUUGGCCUCAAGGGACAGUGACGGACCUCAGCACGGGGGACGGCUCAACUUCUCCCUGCGCAGUGAUGCCACAGUUCGUCGGAACUGGAAGCUAACGCCGAUAAACGAUACUCACACCAACCUGUCCUUAAACAUCCCAUACCUGUCCCCUGAGGUCUACACCGUGCCCUUCACCAUUUCUGACAGCAGCUCCCCUCCCAGGAGCACCUUCAUAAACCUGCCAGUGACAGUGUGUCCCUGCAACGUCAGAGGAAACUGCAAAAUGGCUGCCAAGCAGUUGCAGGGGAUGCCAACUAUUCAGUCAGCAGUGGGAAUACUGCUCGGCACCUUUGCGGUCAUAGGAACCAUCCUUGUUGUUGUUUUUGUGAGACUGUCCUACCAGAACCCGAAAAGGCCGAGCAAAACUAACCAGGAGAGAGUUCCCCUGAAGAUUUCAAUCUAAUUAAGGCGAUACUGUUUUGUCCGUCCUGCUCACUGUCCUGGACAACAGGGCUAAUGUAAUAAUGUUGCUUUUAGGGCACUGAAUCCAUCAAGUGACUGUGAAUGUCUAAAAAUGAAUGUACAGUAUAUUUCACUUUGUAGGUUAGAUGUACACUGACCUAAAAAAGGCAUAUCCCAUAAUAGUCUGAAUUAGUCAUGAUGUCAUAUGAAUUCUAAGUACUCAGGCCUGAGCCUGGGACACGAUGUUGACUUUCGUUUUAGGUUUGUCAUUUUGUAUUGCUGUAGAUCAGUAUAUGGUUCCUAUUAUAUUAUAUUAGGGCGGUUUUUAAAACAAAGUUAUAUUAUGUCAUUAUUGUUUUAGAAUAUAAGAAUAAAGGUGUAAUUUUGUGAGAUACGUUUUUAAUGACAUGUUGAAAUUGAAUUCACAAUAUUGCAAUUUAUUGCUUUUAAAAGA